ACGGCGCUCAUGCCUGCUGCGGUCUGUGACUCCGGGAGGAUGGACGGUGUGUCUUUGGGACACUGCCUCUCAUGUCUUACCAGUCUGGUGGCCACACCGGCAUCACCGCGUCCAAACUGUGCCGCUGACUCCGAGGAGGACACAGUGAAUGGAGGGAUGCACACCUUCAACCAGACGCACAUGAGGAAGGCUUUCCAGCUGAUGAACGACCUGAGGAGUAAAAAGAUGCUGUGCGACGUGCAGCUGGUGGCGGGGAGCGUUGAAGUGCCGGCUCACCGGGUGGUCCUGGCGUCCUGUAGCCCCUAUUUCUGUGCCAUGUUCACAGGUGACAUGAGCGAGAGCAAGGCCCAUCAGGUGGAGAUCAGAGAGGUGGACGGGCAGACGCUGAGGAAACUGGUCGACUACAUCUACACAGCUGAGAUAGAGGUCACAGAGGACAACGUUCAGGUUCUGUUGCCAGCAGCCAGUCUCCUGCAGCUGAUGGAUGUUCGUCAGGUUUGUUGUGAGUUCCUGCAAUCUCAGCUUCACCCCACCAACUGUCUGGGCAUCAGAGCUUUCGCUGACCUGCAUACAUGCACACAGCUUCUCAACCAGGCCCACGCAUACGCUGAGCAGCAUUUCACUGAGGUGGUGCAGGGAGAGGAGUUUCUGGGCCUUUCUCUGCAGCAGGUGUGCAGCCUCAUCUCCAGCGACAAACUCACUGUUUCCACUGAGGAGAAGGUGUUUGAAUCCAUGAUAGCUUGGAUCAAGUACGAUAAGCCAGCUCGUCUGGAGUACAUGCCCAAGCUAAUGGAGCAUGUCAGACUUCCACUGCUAUCGAGAGACUACUUGGUACAGAUUGUGGAAGAAGAGGCUUUGAUAAAGAACAACAACACCUGUAAAGAUUUUCUCAUAGAAGCAAUGAAGUAUCACCUGCUGCCAGCCGACCAGCGGCACCUCAUCAAGACAGACAGGACCCGACCACGAACGCCUAUCAGCAUCCCCAAGGUGAUGAUUGUAGUGGGCGGUCAGGCUCCAAAGGCCAUCCGCAGUGUGGAGUGUUAUGACUUCCAAGAAGACCGAUGGUACCAAGUAGCCGACCUGCCUUCAAGACGUUGCCGAGCAGGUGUUGUUUCCAUGGCAGGACGUGUGUACGCAGUCGGGGGGUUCAACAGCUCGCUGCGGGAGAGAACGGUGGACGUUUACGACGGAGUGAGAGAUCAGUGGAGUGCAUUGGCGAGCAUGCAGGAGAGACGCAGUACACUGGGAGCUGCUGUGUUGGGGGAUCUGCUGUACGCUGUGGGGGGCUUUAACGGAAGUAUAGGUUUGUCGACAGUAGAGGCCUACAACUAUAAAACCAAUGAGUGGAUCUAUGUAGCUCACAUGAACACCCGUCGCAGCAGUGUGGGUGUAGGGGUGGUCGAUGGUAAGCUGUAUGCAGUAGGAGGCUACGAUGGAGCGUCCCGUCAGUGUCUCAGUACGGUGGAAGAAUACGACCCUGUUACUGAUCAGUGGUGCUAUGUAGCUGACAUGAGCACACGGCGCAGUGGAGCAGGUGUUGGUGUGUUAGGAGGCCAGCUAUAUGCAGCAGGAGGACAUGAUGGGCCCCUGGUGAGGAAAAGUGUUGAGGUGUACGACCCACAAACCAACAUCUGGAGACUGGUCUGUGACAUGAACAUGUGCCGAAGAAACGCAGGCGUCUGUGCGAUAAACGGUCUGCUGUACGUGAUUGGAGGAGACGACGGGUCGUGUAACCUCUCAUCUGUAGAGUAUUACAACCCAGCCACAGACAAGUGGAGCCUCAUUCCCACCAACAUGAGCAAUGGACGCAGCUAUGCCGGAGUAGCAGUGAUCGACAAGCCUUUAUGACCAGUGGCCUCCCACAGCAUCAGCUAUGCGUCGGAAGCCAGUUUCACAGAGACGCACACUGACGUCUGACGCUCAAUAGGCAAACGAAGUAGUAACGCCUGAGGAAAACACUGUUCGAAUGAAGAGGAAGCCCUCAACCCUCAGCUGACACAAUCAAGGACGGAUCUUUUUGGCACUAACCCACGACUUGAUUUAGUUGCUAUCUCCAAGCCAUUUCCAUUAGAGCCCUGUGAGAUCUUGACUUUUAAAGACACUGUUGCACUAGAUAAAAAGCAAUAGCCACAGGAGAGCAGACUUAAAAGAAUUUGUCUUAAUGAAACAUUUUCAAAUGCCUAGCACAUAAUAAGCGCUGUAUCUGCUGACAUAAGUUCUGCUCGGACACUGACGUUGGAAAGACUUGUAAGCUGAAGGAGCUGACAUAGAGGGGCCAAACGAGGCACAACGCUUCACCUGCAGUCGCUGAUGGACCUGGGAGACCUGAACCGAACACUGAAACACCAGCUGACAGACACAUCAAGCGAGUGAAACAGCCUACUUCCAUGCUUCAGACGGACUGUCUGCUUUCAGCGUUCAUGGUGUUGCUGCAAUAAUCAGGACAUUGCAAUGCUGACCUGUGAUUGGCUGCUGCAUCUUAAAUCCUGUAAAUCUGGGAGCACAUUUGGAGCCAGUUUUUUUAAAAACAAUCAGACUUGCAACAUUUUCUAGAGUAUAAUGGUCUUGUGGCAACUAGUUGCUCAACUUAAUUUUGAGAAGUGAACCAAGUUGUUUGAUUCCUGUGCCAACCAUCAGCACUUUCAGCUGUUGAACUAAUGAAAACCAGCUUUCCAGAGAGCUGCAGUAUAACAGAGCUGCUGUAUGGUUUGCAAAAUACCACAGUUGCCAGAGAGUAUAUGUUCUCAACCUGAAGGCCUGGACCUUAGAGAGCUGCAAGAGAAUUUAAAGAAUGUAGAAAACAUUUUAUAUGCAAAUUAUCAUAUUUAAUAUUUUUGAGAUUGUUUCAGAGAUGUUGAGAACCACUGCUGUGGCAUUAGACCCAGGCCAGUUGAUGUGAUUCAACAUGGUAGGACUUGAUUCUGUUAUAGACAGACUACUGAUGCACUGAACACAUGCACUGACUGAUGCAGGCUGGCUGUCCGCAUCGCUGGCGAUCUGACUCACCGAUUGGCCGGUCGGACGUCUGCACAUCUUUCUGACUGACAAACUGGAUCACUGACCUGCUGUCAGACAGACGGCUGCUCGGCUGUCUGUCUUCGUAACUAAUCGUACUCAUGGGAGUGUUUAAAGCUGCCACAAAGGCCAAUAAUUUGAUCAGAAAUUGUAAAAAUGUGCCAGUUUUGAUGAUCGGAAUCAGAAUAAUGCUGGAGCAACCAGGUGUUUUUAUCUCUUAGUGACAAAUGAGGAAUUAUUUCUGUUUAUUGUCUCUGAAAGUGUGUCAAAAUACACUGUAGAAAUUCAGCUGUACAAUUAUAAUGUGGAAGAUGCAGGUUCACUAUUUUUAUUUAUUGUUUUGGGUCAGUUGAUCACAUUAGCAUUUAUUCAUAUCAAAGUGAAGUUCUCAUUUGAUUUUCUCACUUGUGCUCUUUUCACAUCUGUUCAGCUGUUGGAGGAUUUAAACUGAGUCAUUUAGUCGACUGACUGGUGCCAUAAUUCAUGAGGGCCUCAGCCAACCUUCACUUCUGCCUACCAGUCACAGAUGAGAUCCUCUCUCAUUUCAUAACCUGGAGGAUAUCAGAUAUUUACAAGACCAUACUGGUGUUUUUUUCACGUUAACUUUAUUUAACAGUCAUGUGUACUACAUUAAUCCCAUCCAUGUUACAAAUCAUAACUAACAUGUGAGACUGAUGUUGUGCAUAUCUUCCAUAAUCCAAAAGGCCAACAUGGACGUCAUUAAAAGGUUAAUAUGAUACUGAUUUUGGACACAGAGAUGUAGGGUGUCAUGAUUUUCAAAUGCAUCAAAGGUGAGAGGUGGGAUAUUAUCAGUAUUAGUUUUGUACAUACUUUGAAGGUUGUUUUGCUGCACUGUGGGAAUGCAUGUGGGAGUUAUUAAGAACACCGGUUUCACACUGGGAAUUCAGACACAGUUUCAGAGGAUAAACUAACAAUUAUUUUUCACAAUUUAUUAUUAAUUUAUUAUGUCAACUACUGAUUUGGCCUAUAAAAUGUCAGGGAAUACCCCAAAAAUCCAAAGAUAUUCAGUUUAUUAUCAUGUACGACAAAUAAAUGCAUCAUAUUAUCAAACCUAAGAAAUUGUAACCAACAAAUGAUUAUUGCUUUGGCCAAUAAAAUGUCAGAAAACACUGUUCACUGUCCCAUAACAGACAGAAAAGAUGAUAAUCCUCACAACUAGAAGAUGGAACAAUGAGAUGUUUGGUGCUUUUGCUUGAAGAAAGUCCUCAUAGCUUAUCCUGUUGAUCGAUUAUUCAAAUUAUUGUUUAAGCUUUACUUGGUAGCAGACAGUGAUGUCAAACCUCCUGUCAGCACCUGAACCCACCAGCUGGAUGACUAAACAACCUAAACUUUUCUUCACUGCAUUACUGCUCCUUAAAAUAAAAACGCCUCUCAGUUCAUGAAUCAACUUAUCUCAUGCAAAUUCCAAGUGUCCAAGUGUUAGUGUUUAAAAACGCAAUAUGCUCAGCAGUAAUUUAACUAUGUUCUGUUAGAUAAAGAUGGGCUAAAACAUACAGAAAUACCUGUAUGGUCGACGCUGUAAACAGCAGUUGACAAAACACCUCACUUCAAGGUCCAUUUAGUGGGGUGAUUUUUCUCAUUUGACAUGAAACUGUAGAUGUUAACUUAGAAGUUGAACUUUGAACCUCAGAGCGGCGACUUAAUUGACUUUAAAGUGAUUUUGUUUUGUCAACAUGUGUGGUUUUUAAAGUCAUCACAUAAAUAUUAUCCUCAUAUAUUUUUAAUCAUCAUAAACUAUAAGUUGUUAAAACAGUUCAUUCAUUAAUGGGUGUUCCCAUGGAGAUAAACUGGUUUGUGAAGGUUGGACUUGUGCACAUUUGUAGGUUUACUUUGCAAAAAUGCCCCAAGCCCAAAGUUGGACGUGUAAAAUUAUGCAUUUUAGCACUUAAGGAUGUUUUGUAUGUAAACAAUUAAUUGUGUUUAAAAGACAAAGUGACAUAAAUGCAGGGAUUUUCCUUUUAAGGCACAACAGAGUCUUCGUUUUUGACUUUGAGCCUCUUAAGUUUAAUUCAUCCUCCUCUCUGUGUAACGGAUGCACAGCAGAAACAUUGAUAGUGUUCCUGAACAUUAUCUGCUGUUAGCAUGAAGUCAGCAGGUGUACACGGCUGGUUCACAUCUGUAUUGUCUGUGUUUUGGGCUUUCACCACAGAUUGAAGCACAAGUGAGAAAAUGUUGGUUCUGAUGAAAAGAAAUGGUAACAGAAGAGUUUCAUAUUACAAAAUAUAAACCUGAUAUGUCAAAGAAGUUGACAGCACAAAAUAAAGUUUGCAACCUCUAUCUGAUACAUUUUUAAAAAUGUAUUAUUUGAAUUAUUGACAUCAAUACCUGUUAAUAAUGUAUAUCACAUUAUCUAACAUGAUUGGGUCAAUACAGUGUUCGGGGUGGGUGGAAGAAGUUUUAAUGACUUUUUUUUCAUCCAAUAUAUUUACAAUAA